AUGAAAAAUUAUAUACUUCGGAAUGCUAAUAAAUGUAUUUUAAGUCUUUCUGGAGGUAUUGAAAAAAAAGCAUGUACCAAUUCAGUAGUUAGCGAUUUUCGAGGAAAAUUUUUAUUUAGCAGAACAAUAUAUACAAACAAUGAAAAAUGUGAAGAUGAAAGAACAGAAAAAGUGUGCGAAGAUUUUAUAGGAGACUAUAAUAAUUUAGGUACAGAAAGAAAAACCAAUAUAGAACAAGAUGAAAUAUAUAGAGAAAAACAAAAUGAGUUUACUAAAAUAUUUGAUGAAAACAAAUUUGAAAAAGAAGAUUAUACCACAGUUAAAAUUGUGAAUAAGAACAAUACAGAUACUAAUGAAUUUUUGCUAAGUAAUGAAAAUUAUUUAAAUUUUAUAAAAAAAUACAACAACAAUAACAGUAGCAACAGUAGCAAAUGUAAGGGUAGCCGAUUUAGUAAGAGCAAUUUACAAAUUGAAGAUACAGAAAAAAGUCUAUGGGAAAUUUUAAAGGAAAAAGAAGAGUACAUAAAAAAUAAAAAAAAAUUAAAGCUAUAUAAAAAAGAACUUGAUAAUAAAGCAAAUAAAGAAUAUGAAAAAAUUGUAAAAGAAGAAAAAUAUAUUAAUCAACAAAUUAGUGAUACACACAGUUUUAGAACAAAAGAUAAAAAUAAAGAAGAACCAAAUAAUAUAGAAAAAAAACAUAAAAAAAAAAUAUUGGAAAGAGAUAAUAUAUAUAAUGAUAUUGAUACAUUUUUAGAGGGAAAACAAAAAUAUGUUAAUGAUAUAAAAUCAUAUGAUGAAAUAUAUGAUGAAAAUAGUCACAAAAUUAAUAAUAAAUCAAUGGAUGAAUAUAAAGAAAUAAAAAAAAAUGAUAAUAAUGAAUUUUGUUUAAAUAAUAUAAUUAAUGAAGAUAUGAAAAGGCAUGCAGGAAAUUAUAGUCUUAAUGAGCAUAAAAACAAAAAUAAACAAAUAGGAAGUAAUAUAUUAAUUAAUGAUUUAAAUGUAAAAAAUAAAAACAGUCAUGAAAUAUUCAAUGAUAACUUAUUAAAUGGACAAUUGUUUGUAGAAGAACUAAAUGAUAUAUCUGCAAAAAAAUGUAUAGAAAAAAUGGAGACCAUAAAAAAGGAUAGCAAGCUAAUUGAAAAUAGUGAAACAAACUUCGAUGAAAAAGAAAAAUCUAUGUGUACUCCUCAAAAUUUAGUAGAAAUAAAUGCAGCAGAAAUUGUAAAAAAGAUUGGAGGAGAAAAUUUAAGUACCAUUAUUGAUGGAAAUAUAGAUAACUUAAUUAUACAAAAGGAAAUAAAAAAAGAAAAAAGUGUAACAGGAUUAAUAAGUGUUAUAUAUAAUAAUUUAGAUAAUUGUGAUAAUAUAAAUUUAAGUAGUGGAUUAAUUAAAAUGUCUAAAAUGAUAGAUUCAUAUCAAAAGCAAAGUAUAAUGAGAAAUCCUAUGUAUUUAAGUAUAAUAAAAAAAGUAGAAGAAAAUAUAAAUACUUUUGAAUUACCCAGUUUAGUACAAACUUUUUAUGCUUUUGUUAAAAUCGAUCAUCUCCCUUAUUUUUUCAAUGAUAUAAUAAAUUGUAUAAAUAAUAAAUUAGAUAAAGCGGAACCUAAACAUAUAUCUAGCAUAUUAUACAGUCUAAGUAAUAUAUUAAUCGAAACAAAUGAAAGUCGGAUUUUAAAAAUGAAAGUUAUAGAUAUUGUUAAAACGGAUAUAAAAAGUUUUAAUUGUCUUAAUGAUGUUAUAUGUUUACUUACUUCAUUAUCAAAACUAAAGUAUAAAGAUAUAUAUGUAUAUUAUGAGCUUUCUAAAAAAAUCGAAGAAAAUAUUGAUGAGUUAAAUAUGAAAAAUGUUAGUAAUAUAUUAUGGUCUUUUAGUAAUAUCAAUUAUACUAGUAAAUUAAUAAAAAAUAUGAAAAAAAUAAUUGAAAAAAAUAUAAACAAUAGUAAUUAUGUAGAUAUAAUAAAUAUAGUCUAUUCAUUAGUUAAAUUAAAUGAAUAUGAUGAACAUUUAUUUAAUGAAGUUUUUCCAAAUUUUAUUAAUGUAUAUAUACAUAACAUGAAUGUAAAAAAUUUGUGUAUGAUUUUAUGGUCCUAUACAUAUGCAAAUAUUGAUAAUCCAGAUUUGUAUAUAAAUAUAUUAACUAAGAUUAAUGAAAAUAUAAAAGAUAUUACUACUAAAGAUAUAAUAUCUAUAUUAACAUGUCUAAGCCGAAUUAAAUAUAAUUAUAGAUAUAAAUAUUUAUUUACUCAUUUAAAAAAUAAAAUUAUAAAAAAUUUAUAUUCUUUUACACCUUUACAAUUAACAAAUAUAAUUUAUUAUUCAUCCUUUUUAGAUUUGUAUGAUCAUAAAUAUUAUUAUUUAUUAGUACAACAAAUAUAUCAAAUUCGAAAAUUAUUAUAUUUAGAAAAUCUAACUAUAAUUUUAUAUGCAUUAAAAAAUGUAUCUUAUUUGAAUGUACAUAACAUUCAUGUUUUUAAUUUAAUAUCUUAUAUUUUUGAUCAAAUAAAAAAGAAAUAUAAGUUAUUGACAGGAGAGGAUUGCCUCAAUAUAAUGCUCAUCAUGAAUGACUUAGAAAAAUACACAACCCAAGGUUACCUCACCUUUUCAUCUCAAACCGAUUCUUCAAAUAAUUUAGCUACUACAGAAAAUGUGAAAAGCCAAGAGACCGACGUUUUAUCAUCAAACUCGCUUUAUAAUAAUAACAAAAAUGGUGAAAAUAAUUUAGAGAAAAAUUAUAUUGAUAUAUUUGACGAUGGAGUAAAAUUAGAAGAAUUACACCUUGACACAGAAGAAAUUUAUUUUCCUCAUAUUAAUGAUUUAUUAUAUGAACAAAUAAAAAUUAGACUUAACAAUUUUUGGCAAUUAAAUAUAAAAGAUGUUAAUAAUUUAUUAAUAGUUAUGAAAAAUGUUAGUACAUAUGACCCUGUAAUAAUAAAUAUGAUAAUGAGACAAAUAAUUCCUAUUUUAUUAAAGUGUUCAAAUAUAGAAUUUUUAAUUUUUUUAAGUAACAUAACAGCAAAUACUAAUCUAAAAUUUAUUGCCUUAACACAUAUGUCUAGGAGACCCAAACUUUUACAUGUCUUUAAAAAAAAAAUUAAUUCCAUAACAAGUACAAUAUUAAACAGUUAUGAAGAACCUGAUGGUUCAUAUCAAAAUGAAUUAAAUAUGGAUACGUUAAAUUUUGUCGAGGAAAAUAAACAAAAUUUAAUAAAAAAUGAUACAACAUUUUCAAAUAUUGAAAAAAAAUCUGAUGAAGAUAUUGUACCAUUUAUUGAGGAUACUAAAACAACGAUUAAUGAUAUGCCAAUUAUAAAUAAUAUUUCUGAACAUUCAGAAAAAAAAAUCAUAAAAAAUAGUAAUGAAAUAAAUGACAUGUAUAAUAGUUUGAGUAAAAGAAAAAAUAAUGUUGAUCUAAAUAGUUGUAUAGCACUUUGUUAUGCAUGUUUUAAUAUACAUUAUGAAGAUGAUAAUAUUUUAAAAAUGUAUGAUGUUAUAGAACAUAUGAUAGUUGAAGAAAGAAAACCAAUUAGUUCGUUUAUGUUAUUAAAUUUUUUAUAUAUACUUACCUUAACAAAUAAUAAAUUAAAUACAGUUAUCAAAUUAUCACAAGAAUAUAUGGAUAAUAGAUAUGGCUAUAAUAUAGAAGAACAAAAUAAUAAUUUAAAAUAUCAGACCCAAACAAAUACUACAAUCAAUGAUAAUAACAUAAUGAUGAAUGAAGAUACAGGAAAUGAUAAAAAUUGUCAAAUUUUCAAACCAUUAACAAGCUUUAAUUUAGUUUAUGAAGAAAAUGAUGGGUUGUCUAAUUAUAUAGAGAUUGGGAAUGAACAAACAUCAUUAAUAUUAUUAAAAUUGUUAUAUAUAAAUGUUAUACUAAAUAAAUAUAAUUAUUUAUAUCAUAUAUUAUGUGAAAUUUCAAAAUAUAAUGACCAUUUUUAUAGUUAUGAAUUUAUUAAGUUAUCAAAACAAGUUUGCUAUCAUAUUUAUAAUUUUUCAAACUUUUUUUCAAAAAAUAAAAAUAUUGAAUAUAUAUGGAAUAAAGUAACAAAUAAUGUAUAUGUAAAUGAAGAACAUAUAUUUUUAGAUUUAAAUUAUGAAAAAACAAAUUUUAAUUUUAUUGAUAUAAAAAAAAAUAAUCAUAUUGUUAAUAAGCUUUUAAAUAAUCCUAAAAUAGACCAAAAUAUAGAUAACAAUAUAACUAUUGCUAAAUAUUUUUAUUACAUUUUAAAUUACAAUCUUAAUGAUAUAAAUAAUAUAACUUCAAAGAAGGAUAAAAAGAAAAUUAAAAUGUUUCAUUUUGAUAAUGUUAUAUCUGAUAUUCUUAAUUUCCUAAAUGUACAAUACAAAGGGUCAUAUACAUAUGAAAAUAUUUAUCAUAUUUGUUGUUCAUUCCCUCAUGAAAGACAUUUGAUAGAUAUAAUAUCUUAUGAAGAUGUUUUAUACCCUUCACAUAAACCCUUGUUAUCCGUGGAACUAAGACAAAAGCAACUCGCCUUAAAAGGAUGGGCAGUUCAUUCGAUAAACUUCAGAGACAUGUACAACAGCAUAAAAGAUAAAAAUAUAAUUUGCUACAUUUUUAAUAUUAUAAAAAAAAUAAAAAAAGAUUUAAAAGAUUUGCCAAAUAAUGUAGAACAGAAGGAGGAAGAAGAAUUUUGGCAAAACCUAAAAUAUGCUAACAUUUGA